AUGGCGUCUGGGAAAAUUUCGUUCUUGGGCCAACAGCAGAAUCGAGAAGUUGCUGAAUUAGGCUUACGUUUGAAAGAAGCAAGUGAAAAUGUGACAACCAAUCAAAUGGGCGUCCAGCAUUCUGUCAAACGUCCAAUUAUUAAAAAAGUACUUGAAACAAUGGCGGCUGGUAUGGACGUAUCACCGUUAUUUGGUGACAUUGUCAAGGCAGCUUCUACAAAGGAUUUGGUUCAAAAAAAGCUUGCGUACAUGUAUAUAUCAGUACAGGCUGAAAAAAAUGUUGAUCUGGUCAUUUUAGCCGUUAAUACUUUUCAGAAUGACCUUCAAAACGAAAAUCCAUUUGUAAGAGGAUUAGCUUUACGUACCCUUUGCUCAAUGAGGCUUACGGAUUAUGUACCAUAUAUGCUAAAAUCUUUGAGUCAUGCCUUAAUCGAUUCUAGUGCAUAUGUGCGUAAGACCGCGUUAAUUUCGUGUGUCAAGUUAUUUCACCUUGCUCCGAAAGAGGUUUUAGAUGCUUCUUUGAUCGAUCAAUUAUAUAAUACUUUAAGAGACCGAGAUCCCGAAGUUGUUGCAAACGGCAUUGCUGCUCUGAAUGAAAUAUUACGUUCAGAAGGUGGAAUGACUAUCAACGCGAACAUUGCUCUCUAUUUGCUACAACGAUUGCGUGAAUUCAAUGAAUGGCAUCAAUGUUUGGUUCUAAACACUCUCAUUCGAUAUAAACCAUCUAAUGAAGAUGAGAAGUUUGAUAUCCUGAAUUCUUUGGAUGAUCGUCUUAAACAUCAUAAUAGCGGAGUUCAGUUAGCUACUAUUAAAAUCUUCAUAAAGUUAACUGAAGGCAUGACCGAAAUUCAACAAGACGUUUAUAAAAGAAUAAAGGAACCAAUUUUGACUCUAUUGUCGUUGGGAAGUCCAGAAAUAGUGUAUUCAUGUUUGGAACAUGUUAUUGCAUUAAUGAAUUCAUCUCAUCAAUUUUUACGGGAAGAUUACAAAUAUUUUUACCGAAAAGUUAAAGAGCCAUCUUUUGUUACGUUAAGAAAGUUAGAAAUAUUAGAAAUCAUCGCGACAGAAAAAAGUUCAAAAGAUAUUAUCGAUGAGAUUAGUGGUUAUAUUACUGGAAAAGAUAAGUUGAUUACACAAAGAUCUGUAGAAUCGAUCACCAAAAUUUCCUUUCGCAUUGAAAGUGUAAUUUCUUAUUCCCUUGAAAUUUUCAUGAAAUUAUUGGAGACUGGUAUUGACAUUAUUAUAUCAAGUAUCAUUACAAUGCUUGAAGAAUUUAUGAACGAAAGCCCUGAAAAAGUCGAGAGCUCGCUUUCGGUUUUACCCUUAAUUUGGACCACAAUAGAUUUGAACUCAAAAGCAGGGCCCGCUUUCCUUAAUCUUUUGGCAAUAGUUGGAUAUGAAAUUCCGGAGGCGCCAUAUAUUUUGGAAUCCUUGAUUGAAGAUUUGGAAAAUUAUCCAACCACCUCUUUUCGUUUACAACUUUUAGAUUCGACGGUCACAUUGUUUUUACGUAGACCGGUAGAAUGUCGUGUGAUGUUGUCGAAAUUAUUCAAAAUUUCAAUGGAACAAACCGAAAAUCUUGAUAUUCGUGAAAGGGCAUUAUUCCUAUAUCGAUUGCUACAAAAUGACAUCGAAAAGGCUAAGGAAAUUUUCAAAUAUCAGCGUUAUGCGUCUAAGAAUAAUUCAAAGAAAGAUAAUAUCAACAUGAAGAGUAAACACCUUCCCGAAUUUAAUACACUUUCAAUCCUUUACGGGAAACCUUCAGAACAAUUUAUUGUCGAACUUGAACCGAUACCAGGUCUAUUUUCAAAAAGGAAAGAUGACGAUUUCUUUUCUUCACUUUCGCUUCAUAAUAUUUCGGAACCUGAUGAGUUGAUACCAGUUCAACCUCAAAAUUUAGUUAAGGAGGAAUUUACAUUAUCAUCUACAGUAUCAGUUGAUGCUAAGAAAUUUAAAUCCUAUUGGGAAGGCUUUAAAGAAAUUUAUGAAUUUGAAGUAUCUUUAUUGGAUUCACCAAUCUCUUUGACACGGUUAACACUAGAUGACAUUGAAGCCGUAUUUGAAGAAAACAACAUAAUGACUAUGGCGUCGGGAGGUACUGGAGAUUUUAUUAAAUUGUUCUUAUACGCUCAAGAGACUGGUUCUUAUAUAUUAAUGUUAUGCGAAAUUAAAUUGAACUUCAAUUCUAAGAUUGCCAAGGUUAUUAUGAAAGUGGGACAUGAAACAGAUCAGAUAAUGAAUUUAACCAAACAUUCAGAAUAUUUUUCACAAUAUUUAACCAGAUGCAUAAAAAUUUGUUUUAAUUCGGUUAAUUAG